AUGGCGCUCUUUGACUCUACCAAGCACCCAGGAGGACAUACGUCACCGUCUGCAAGCUACGACCACGAUGAAGACUUCGAGCGCAUUGAUCCCGAGAUGGGUGUCAAGCGAGGUUUGAAGACGCGACAUCUCUCUAUGAUGGCUCUGGCUGGCAUUAUCGGCCCAGGCAUUUUGGUGGGCACUGGAGGCGCACUCUCGAAUGGCGGUCCGGCUUCUCUUAUAAUCGGCUUUGGGAUCAUUGGGAUCAUCGCGUGGAGUAUCACGCAGUCAUUAGGAGAGAUGACGACACUUUACCCUACCGGUGGCGCGUUCAUCACCCUCUCGGAACGCUUUGUCGACAAGGCCUUUGGAGUAGCCAUGGGCUGGAACUACUGGCUCGUUUGGGGCUGUGUACUUGCGAACGAGUACAAUGUUAUUUCUUCGCUCCUGGUAUUCUGGAGCGAUAAGGUCCCUCUGUGGGGAUACUUCCUCAUAUUCUGGUUCGCGUUCCUAGGCUUCCAGAUGCUCGGAGUCGAGUCCUUCGGCGAAGCUGAGUUCUGGCUAGCUUUGGUCAAACUGUUCGGUCUUUGCGCGUACUUCAUCUUCUCGAUCAUCUACGCUUCGGGUGGCUUGAUCGGUCAGGAUGAAGCUCUGGGCUUCCGGUAUUGGCGUGAUCCAGGAGCAUUUACAAACGGGUUUCGUGGAGUCGCGCAGGUCUUCGUUUUUGCGUCAACCUUCUACGUCGGAGUGGAAGCCGUUGCAGUCGCGGCUACGGAAACAAGGAACCCUAGUGUCGCAGUUCCUUUGGCUAUCAGACAGGUCAUCUGGCGUAUAUUGUUCGUCUACAUGGGCGUUGCGUUCUUCUUCGGCCUCACCUGUCCUGCAAAUGCUGAUGGCCUGAUCAACGGGGAAAGCCGUGCGUUGAAGAGCCCAAUGACGAUUGCUAUCCAAAACGCGGGGUGGGAAGGUGGAGUGCAUCUCAUCAAUGCCUUCAUCUUUAUCACAGUCGUCUCAGCAGCCAACAGCUCCAUCUACAUUGGAUCCCGUACGAUACUCUUUAUGGCGAAAGAAGGCGGUGCCCCGCGAUUCCUGGGAUGGACGAACAGUCGUGGAGUUCCCGUAUACGCCAUCGUCCUCACGAACCUCUUUGGGGUACUUUCAAUGAUGAACAUAUCUACCGGAGGCGGCAAGGCUUACUCGUACAUCAUCAAUCUAAGCGGCGUCUCGACAUUUUUGGUCUGGGCAGGCAUCUCACUUACACACAUUCGAUUCCGACAAGCAUGGAAAGCGCAAGGUCGUUCACCCAACGAGCUUCCCUUCAGAUCAGCUCUGCAUCCCUGGAAUGCGUACUUUGGUCUGUUUGCCAACGUCUUCCUUGCAUUCGUUCAAGGCUGGACAACGCUAGCACCCUUCGACGCCGGGACCUUCGUGGAUGCUUACAUUCUGUUACCCCUGUUCGGAAUCAUCUUCCUCGUAUACAAGUUUUGGAAGAAGACAAGAUGGUGGAGAAGCCAUGAGAUUGAUCUAACUUCUGGAAUGAGGAAGGACAUGGAUACCAAGGAUGAGUUUAUUGAGCCUGUUGAACAUCAAAGCUUCCUGAAGCGAAUCUGGGCUAGUUUCUGA